AUGAGUAACAAUGAUGUUUCAACCCCUGUCAGCCUAUCAAGAUCACGUACCACUUCAGACCGUCAAGUAAGUCCCUCGUACAAUAUCGUUCUAGCAGGCGGAGAUUACACAUCUUUGGGUAUGAUAGCUUAUGGGGGAUUCUCUUCGGUUUGGAAAGCGAAAUCGAAAUCGGAUCAAUCUAUCUAUGCAGUCAAAGUUAUACACCGUCAUGAUGAACAAGCUACCAUACCAGGCUUGGAUCAUGUAAUCUUAACCGAGGACGUGAAAUUCUCGCCAUAUGAUGUCCCUACAUUCCGAAACCUCGUUGAAUCCUUGUUGAAAAAAGAUCCUGAAGAGCGAUUGAGCUGUAUAGAAGGCGUUGUGAAUCACGUGUACUUUGAUGAGAGCGAUGUGUUGCAAACGUGGCAUACUCAUCUCUGUCCCACAUUAACUUAUUCCUUGCCGGGUCAUGAUUUCCGCCGAUAUAAAAAGUGGGAUAGUGCUUUUAUGAUAGAUGUGAGAAUCAAAGGUUCAAAUACAGUCGAGAUACUUUUCAAGCGUUGUUCCGACAUGGCUCAUGAAGCCUUACAUGUUCAUGAAUUCAGAAAAUACUUGGGCGCCAAUGCUUGA